AAAGGCAGUAAAGCCCAACCUAUGAACAGUCAAGUAGCUUAAACAAUAUAAAACCUCAUCUCAAGUUUCCAACUUGUGUCUCUUCCUUCAUCCUUGUUUAUUUUUCUCUGUUCUGCUGAGAAUAGUAAUGGGAGGUGGAGAAAGUUGGGGAACCACCACAGCUCUGGUACCUCCAAUGGCAGCUCCACUAAAUCAAAAUACAGAGAAAGAAGAUGAGCAAUGGAGUAGUAAUUUCAGCAACUCUAUCAAUUCUGUGUACAUGGGUUUUGUAGCUACUGCCAUCCUCAUAUCAAUGUUUAUUGUUAUGGCGAUUUUAGAGAGAUUCUUCAGGAGGCCCAGAACAACAUCACAGCUCAGUCAUACUGCUCGGACACACUUCGUCUACGAUAACAAUCCCAAGCUUGAUCACAACUCUUCUAAAAUUACAAAUUAUGCUAGAGAAGUAUCUGUAGUGAUGCCCGGAGAAGAAACUCCUACCUUCAUUGCACACCCUGCUCCAGCACCAUGUCCUCGCGAGCACGUCACUUGGCCUCUCCACUCCAUCGACGCAGGCCAUGCUUCAACUUCAACCCCCACUCCUCAAGCUAAAUUCCAAAGCCAAAUCCAGACAUGAAUGUGACUGCAAAAUCCAAGUUUUUUUUUU